UUAAUAAUUUUUUGAGUCACUCAAAAUCGACGAACUGUCAAUUUUGUCGAAAUUUAUCGAUAUUUUCGUUUUAUGAAACUAUAAGACUAAGAUAAUGUGCAUUUAUUUCUGCAUACAGUCCCAACUCUAUAAAAUAGGGAUAUCGAUAUUCAUAUGUAAAUAAAAUUUGCAUUGUUUUCUCGAUAAAUAUGUCUUUGAAAAUAGAACCGAUAACAAAAAAAAAGACUAGUAUAAAAGGAAAUCAAAUUUUGUCGAGUAAAAAAACUGGUACUUUUGAACAUGUGUACAAAUUUUUACAAAAAACCGGGUUUUCCUCAAAACUUAAGAAACCUUGUUCCAAAAGGACUUGUGAUACAAAAGAACUUCAAUGCAGACAAAUCUUGCAGGAACAACGAAAUUUAAUCAACCACCAAUUCUGGAUUGAAAUGAAUCCAAAUGAACGUUUAAACUAUAUUAUCAAAAAUACUACACUUUUAAAUCCAGACAUUGAACCAUACUUUUCAACAAAUCUGACAAUAACAGGUCAAUGUUAUGCUGUAUGCAAAAAAAUGUUUCUCUCAACUUUGUCACUUAUUGAAAAAAAUGUGAUGCAAAUAUUAUUUGAUGAUUUUCAAAAAAAUGAAUGCAGUAGAAAAGAAAAAUCUAGUAAAACAGAAACAAACACCCCCAAAAUAAAGCCUUUGAAGAAAAAUGUUUCUAAUACAAAAAAGAGACCACAUAAAUCACCAAGAUCAAGUGAAGAUGAAGCAAGCAAUCAGUUCUUUGUACCGAAAAUAGAGUACGUGGAAGUUGAAGCAGAGCUCGUUGACGAAGAUAUUUCAGAAAUGGAGCUUGAUUUUGAAGACAAAAUUGAAGAGGCAAGUUUGAAAAAAACUGUGGAAAAACCAAACCGCAAAAAACGUGUGACCGCAAAAAAAGAACGAGUGAAAAACAAAAAAGAAACCCGCAAAUGGAGAGUUUCAAUGGACUCAGCUUCGGAAAAUGAAUUUUUAGAGAGUUCCGAUGAGUCGUGGAAAGAGGAUGUUCAUAGUAAUUCUCCUGUUAGUGGUUCAGAUGUGGAUGAUUCAGAAGGAGUUGUGAUUGAAGCUCCCACUAUAAAAACCGAAAAGCGUUCCAAAAGAGCUUCAAAAAAAGAUACAUCUGCUCCAGCUUAUAAUAGAGAUAUAUCCACUCCAGUAUCUUUAAAAAAGCCCAAAAUCGAACCACAAUCUGAUUUAGAAAACAUUAAUUCUUCUAGUGAAGACGAUAAUUUCAGUAAUGUUGAAGAUACUGAUGAUUCAGAUAAUGAAGAAAUUAAUAAAACACAAACGCAAAUAAUUCAAGAUGAAGGCGAUGAGUAUUCUGAUGGGAUAUCACUUCCAGAAAAAAUGGGGCCACCUUGUACAUCAGAAUUAUGUGCGAAACUUAAAAAUAGAAGCUGCAAAAAUAUAAAAGAGUUACAACGCGAAGAACUUUUCCAUGAAUUUUGGAAUGAGAAAUCAUAUACUGAUCGAAAAUUUUACGUUAAACAAAAUGUGGAAAUAUUAGAACAAAAAGGCCGCCCAAAGAAUAUUACACCGUUAAUAUAUAAUAUUACAAUCGAUAGUAAAAAAUUAGAAGUUUGUCAAAAAUUGUUUCAUUCAACAUUUGCGUUACGCGUCUCUUGCGUUUUAAAUUGGGUUCAUGAUCGUAACUCAAGUGAUUUUUAUAACGCCAAUGACGUCAAAAACUUUUUAGAUCCAUUGGAUACUCCAAAAACGUUAAAAGCCAGAAAAAGAUUUGAAAAUUACGCUGAAAAACUACAAUUACUUGAAGAUUUUUUAAAUUCUUUAGAAAAAAUGCCACCAAAAUCUUUUCCGCAACAAAAAUCUCAUAAAUUUUAUUUAACGGAAGAAAUCGAGGGUCUUCGAAAUUUGCAGAGACUGUACAAAAAUGUAAUGAUAUCUGAAGGCAUAAAAAAUCCAUUACCAGUAAAAAUUUUAAAAAAAGUAUUUUGUGCUAAGCAUUAUACUUUUUACACUGGAUAUAAAAAAAGAAAUGCUAAAUUCAAAACUAUCGAUGAUAGUGAAAUUACGCCGGAAGUUGAAGAAGCUAUGAAAAGAGACCAACAGGAAAGACAAAGAGAUAAAAUUUUAACUAAGAGACCAGGUUCAUAUAUAACAGUUUUAGAUAUUGAUACUUGUGAUGGAAAAGUUUCUCCAAAUUGGAAUGGUGAUGGAGAAGAAUCAGAUACAAAUUCAAGACUUUGUUGUUUUAAUUUAACAAUUUCAAAUGUCAUAACCCUUCAUACUUAUAAUUACUGGUUUUGUGAAAUAGAUGCACUAGAUACCACUCCGUCAAGUUUUAUUACAUGUUUAAUGGAUUAUUUUACAAAUUUUUGUAAAACUGCUAAGCAAAUAAUCAUUUAUUGUCGCAUUGGUGAUAAUCGUUUCAAAAGUAUUGAUAUGACAAAUGGAUUAUUAGAUUAUGCUAUUACCAACAAAUUAACAAUAACGCAAAAGUUCUAUAUACCCCGGAAACAUUUAUACAAAGAUGAAACUGAAUGUCAAUCUGUUUAUAGAUCUCUGUAUCGCAAAUUGAGGAGAUUCGAAAUUAACCUACCUAGUGAUUACGUUACAGCUACAAUUGAUUGUAAAAGGGAACCCAUGGAAGCAAAAUGGGUUCAUUUCAAUCAAUUUCGAGAUUAUUCAUUUAAUAGUAAAAAACACCGUUACUAUAAUCUGACAAACGAUCCUGACGAAUUUAAUAACAUUAAGUCUAUUUUAUGCAAGCAAGAUGGAACCGUUUCAAUUAAAAUGGAUUUCGAUGAUACAUGGGUUUUAUUAUCUGAUAAUUUGAAAUGCAAGUCAAUAACAUCAAAAGCAGAAUGGCCCCAAUUGUAUUGCGAUAGAAGAAAAAUAUCAGCAGUAAAAUACCAGCUCUUGCAGUCUUUAAAAGUUAAGUUACCAAAAGAUUGUCAUUUUUUUUAUGAUUAUUUAACCAUUGAAAUAUAAAUCGCAUUUAUAAAUACAUACACACAUAGCAUUUAUAACUAUGUGUGCAUAUAGUUAGAUACUAUGUACGCAAAGUACACAAUUUACUUAGUUACACAUUAAAUGAGUAAAAUAAGUUUACACAUUCAG